GUCACGCGCCCUCGUCUCACUCUGAGCUGCCUCUCUGGAUGCUCACAAAGAUUUCAGCGGAUAACGGGACAGGUGAUUCGUUUUCUACUGGAUGAUGCCCCCCCUGGGUUGGAUGUUCCUUUUUUUAUUUUCUCGGAAUCCCGUUGUCUUCGUGAAAUUACUUUUAAGACCCAUGGAAGUUUGAUCAAAGGUGAUAAAAAUGGAACUGAUGAGAAAAUGUGCCUGCGUUUUGGUUUUAUUCAGCAUCUCCGCGUGGGCGUCAAAGAUUAUAGGCGACAUUUACGAGCCCAGAGGUCAACAGAUAUGCAAGCGUGGUACUGAGAAGCCCUGCUAUAAAAUCGCCUACUUUCAGGACAGCCGACGUAAACUCAACUUUGAAGAUGCGAGUCGAGCCUGCAGGAGUGAUGGUGGAGACCUUCUCAGUAUUGAGUCUAAGACUGAGCAGAUACUGAUAGAAAAUUUCAUCCAUGAACUAAAAGCAUCAGACGGUGACUUUUGGAUUGGGCUUCGUAGGGAUCAAGACUAUGAGGAGAAAAACGGAGACUGCCCAUCUCAAUACUACUGGAUGGAUGGAAGCCAAGCAACCUUCAGGAACUGGCACUUUGAUGAGCCUUCUUGUGGGUAUGAGGUGUGUGUAGUGAUGUAUCAUCAGCCCUCUGCUCCUCCGGGUCAGGGUGGUCCUUACAUGUUCCAGUGGAAUGACGACAAUUGUGAAACCAAAAACAACUUUAUCUGCAAGUACACUAAAGAUAAACCUCUAGCCCCAAUCCCUGCAGAAAAUGAAACAUUUAAAGAUGCUUUUCCGACACCCAGAAUACCCAGAUACCCCUCUGUCACAGAGAAGGAUGAUGGCAUGAGGGUGGUUGUAUCUGAACCUCCAGACAAUGCUCUCAAUAUCGCUUACAUUGUGCUGCCAACCAUACCACUUCUACUGCUGCUGAUUGUGGCGACUGGAGUUUUCUGCUUCAAGCUGUUCACAAAGAGGAAGAAAGAACAGACUGAGACCCCUCCAAAGGAUCCAGGAUACUGGGCCGCUGGAGAAAGAUGCAACAGCCCGAGCCCUGACGUCUACAAGGUCAUCCGAAGGCAGCAUGAAUCAGACCUGGCCGGCACACGGCCUGACAUCAAAAACACUUCCUUCCUGGGUUCUUCUCCAGACACUCCACCCGGAGAUUAUGACAACCUGGCAGGCCGGGACACUGAAAGUGGUUUUGUGACACUGGCCAGCACUGAGAGCGGCUUUGUGACCAACGAUUUGUAUGACACGCUGCAAGGCCGUGGAAGCGGGAGAUACUACAGAGACCAAGGAUGGAUGGAUGAGUUAUAUGGCUACUGAUAUAAAAGAUGGCAUUUAACACGGUAUUCUCUUGUUAAGAAUGAUAAUAGCUUACCUGUCGAUGCCUUGCCCAAGUAUUUCCUUGGUGCCAGGUAUCCAAUAUUAUCUAUAAUUCAAGUAUCCACUUUAUUUUUAACGUAAGAAUGAGUGUGGUCAUUUGUAACUUGAAUGCGUAAGGCUUCAAGUGUCAUUCGAUUCCAGUUAUUGUACCUGUACAAAAUUUAGUAGGUUUUCU